UGUGGUGUUGCCACCUGGUGUAAUAUAAUCAACUAACGUGAACUAUAUUUUUUGAAGCAAUUUCAAACGCUUUUCUUUUUUAAUUAAUGAUGAUAACCACGGAAGACGCUUGGCAGGAUCUCAUUGGCAUCAGCGCCGAUCCGCCUGACAGGCGCGAUAAAUGCGAGCAAUGCAAACGACCCGUAGUUGUCUGCUGGUGCUCCGCAUUACCUCAGCCGCCCCUUGCGGUGGCCUCGCAAAUUGUGAUACUGCAACAUCCCGCUGAGGAGAAGCGUUCGCUGCGCACAGCUCUUAUGCUGCAGCUGGGGCUAAAACCUGGAAAAUGUGUGGUCUACAAGGGCAAGCGAUUUCCCAAUGCUCGCCACCCAGCUGAGCUGCAGCGUGUGCUUGAUUCGCCACAGACGCUACUCCUGUAUCCUAGUAAAGAUUCAGUGCCAUUGGAGCAGAUCGAUCGAAGCGCGGGACCGUAUACUCUCGUGCUCAUUGACGGCACUUGGCCACAAGCGAAGGCUAUCUAUGCCAGCAGUCCGGCACUGCAUCGCUUGCGCCAAAUCAAACUAAUUGCGGUGGGCAUUAGCGAUUACAUUAUACGUACACAACCCACUGAGGGAUGCUUAAGUACACUGGAAACGGCGGCGCAGUGUCUGGCAGUGCUGGAAUCGCAGCCUGAGCUGCGCCAAGUGCUGGUGCGACCGUUGCAUGCACUAUGCAAAUACCAGCUCGAUAAUGGCGCCGUGGAGCACCAGUCAAAGGAGUUCCUGAUGAAAACCAAUCAAUAUCCCAAACCUAUUGGCAAGAGGCUAAGUCGCUUAUUGAACUACAGUAAUACAGUUUGCGGCAGUGCCAGCCCUCUAGAAAAACAGGCGGUUAAGCAAAAGUCUUGAUGAACGAUCCACAAUAUGGUUCA